CCAGAGACGAGAAAAGACGGCGGAGCGGGUCGGAGGUGAGGAGUUGGGGCAGUCGUUGCUGGGGGUCGAGUUGGUGAUGCAAGGAGGUGCGGAUUAUUAAAUCUCUGGGGUAAAGUAUGCUGCGCUUAGAAUCGAGAGACGAGUGGGCGAGCUCGCUGGAAUGCAGAUAUGACUGGAAUGGAAGGAAGUGAUAGGUAUGAAAAUCGUCGCAAAUCGUGGAAUUGUAUAGUACAGGGAGUCGGGCGCGAUAAUGCGGAUUAGAAGUGUUUUUAUUUUUGUCGUGAAGAUGAUGCGUUUAGAAGGGUAUCGGUCGAACCGUUGAAUGUCGAGGUUGAUGCGUGUGCAAAGGUUGCUGCUUGCGACAGGCGCAGUCGGACGUGGUCUUGAUGCUUGGGGUCUGCCUCAGAUGGGAUAUAGAUGGCUCGUAGAAUCAAGGAGAUUCCGCUCAUUAUCUAGGCUUCGGUGGAGGAGGCUUCGGGACGCCUGUCGUAUCGUAUGCGCCUCUGCCCAUAUUGCAGGCUUGCACUUCUCUGGUAAUCAUGUUGAAGGGUGAAAUCUGGAGAGAGCAGCUUGUCAGCCGGGAUUCCUCGACCCCUAUAUACAGAGCAGAGAGCAGUGCAGCAAUCGAGUGGUAAUUCCACAGACAGCUGCCCCCUUCUCCAGAAGGCCCGAUGUUUGCUGGCCAGGGGAGACAAGGAUUAGUUGACU